GUUAUCACUGAUAACUGGGGAGGCGUAUCAGUCGCAUAUAACACACUGUGUAAACAGGUCGUUUUGAAAACAAAAAAAAAUGCAACAGGCCAACUACUCAUUCAACCAGGGCAUCGGCGAAAAUGGCGAGGUCAAAAACUUCGAUUUCACCGAACAAACUAUACGGAAGGCGUUCAUCAGAAAGGUGUACUCGAUCCUGAUGUGUCAGCUGCUGGUCACGAUGGGUUUCAUAGCUCUGUUCCUGUUCCACGGACCGACCAAAGCCUGGGCUGCGGGAAAUCCCUGGUUGAUAUGGGUGGCGUUCGCGGUGUUAUUAGUGUGCGCGAUCACAAUGGUGUGUUGCGACAGUGUGCGGCGGCAGACGCCGAUGAACUUCAUAUUCCUCGCUAUCUUCACUCUCGCACAGAGUUUCAUGCUCGGGAUCGUAACCAGCGUGUAUGACGUCAGCGCUGUGAUGAUGGCAGUUGGUAUAACAGCUGGCGUAUGUCUCGCGCUGACGUUGUUUGCGUUCCAAACUAAGUGGGAUUUCACCACCAUGGGCGGGGUGCUGAUGUGUGCCUCCAUGGUGCUGCUGCUCUUCGGUAUAAUCGCGAUAUUCAUCGGGCGCAGUAACAUAAUGACUCUAGUGUACGCUUCACUCGGCGCCCUGAUCUUCUCCAUGUACCUGGUGUACGACACCCAACUCAUGAUGGGCGGCAAGCACAAAUACAGCCUCAGCCCCGAGGAGUACAUCUUUGCAGCCCUCACCCUGUACCUGGACAUCAUCAACAUCUUCCUCUUCAUCCUGACCAUCAUUGGCGUCGCUCGCAAUUAAGGACACGAGUUAAGGCCCCGUCGAUUCUGGCAGAAGAAUUGUGCGCAUGUGUAGUGACGUCGUUAUCUUAAUCCCGAAAUCAUUCACCGCUAUCUUUGAAUUGAUCCUUAUGAUAAACCAAUCAAAGUUAUCCGUCUCAAAGAAUUCUAAAGAUCCCAUUAAACGAAUCGGAAGAUAGCGAUUAAGAUCGUGAUUUCGGUACUUAGUCGAUUAUCGAUGUAUUACCAGGCUAGUCCCAGUACUAGUUGAGUCGAUAAAUGAAAACUACACCGCAAUGGCAUGUCGAAUUCCGUUUGCAGUAUUUCGGUGCGAUACGCUUUGCUUUCUAGAACGUGUAAAUAGUCCUCUUCGGCGUUAUAAAAUAUACCCAAAUGCACUGAUACAUCCGCAUACAUGACAUGUUGAUGAAAUUUGAUAUGAAUAUAAUUACCGAUUACGUAGUUAUCGAUA